UUGUGAGAGAAGUGACAAUAAUUUAUGCACCGAAAAUUCAAUUGAAAAGAGCGGAAAAUUAUAAUUCAUAUUUAAGACGAAAUAUUCAGAUUCCUGUUAAACAUCGAUAAAUGCUACGUUUAUUAUUAUUAACAACUGUAACAAGUUGUAUUAAAGCCAAUCAUUGCACAGCAGCUAUCUCAAUGGCAUUAAAAAGCGUCGAUUUUGAGGUGUUUGGUAGAGUACAAGGUGUAUUCUUCAGAAAGUACACGAAAGAACAAGCAGUUAAGUUGGGAUUGAAAGGAUGGUGUAUGAAUACUUCGCAUGGUACUGUUCAGGGACAAAUGCAAGGGCCGGCUGAUAAAGUGGAAUCCAUGAUGCACUGGCUGAAAACCACAGGAAGUCCAAGCAGCAAGAUUGACAAAGCGGAGUUCAGAAAUGAAAAGGAACUAUCAGAAUAUACGUUCAAAAGCUUCGUUAUACGGCGAGAUGAUUAAUGUACACCAGCAUUAUUUAUUG